CCCGAAUCCUCUUUUAGGAGCGGGGGGUUGCGGGGAUGUCCCCGGCGAAUACAGAACUACAGCGAUUGCUGAAGUGAUGAUUACGUUAGGAGAGAUAAACUGGGACUACAGAAGCAGUUGGCAACCUUCAACGCCUGCAAUUUUUCGUCGCACUCGGAACCAGCGGGCCAGAACCGCCCCGAGUGGGCCAGAACAGUUUUGGCCAGAUCGGCUCCUGCAGAUUUCCUGUUCCUACCUCCAGAAAAAUCCUAUCCAUAAUAUGUUUUCUGUGGGACACACCAUUUGAUCUAUCUGUCAUGAAACGAACAGCAGAUGGCUGCCUCCUACUGAUAUCAACAGUAAAAAUAGUUUCUUUUUUCUUCCCAGGUUUUUUAUGAUUUCAACGAAAAGAAGUGAUCUAAUCUGUUUGUAGACUUUUGAUUAACUAUUAAUUAAUCAACUUAUUUAUUUUGUUCGGCAUUUUAUUAUGAAACUGCAAUUUGGCAGCCUGGCAACCUUGCUUCGAAUACUCCGGCACCACCUGCGAGGGAUUACAACCCAGAACUUCAUUAAGACCGGUUUUGAACAGGGCACCUACUCAGUGCUGCUAGUGCCGCGAGUUCUCACAGCAGAGGGCGCACAGCGCUCUGGUGUCUAUGUGCACAAGGAUGAACUGCAUCUAGAUGAAAUCAAAUGGUUUGAGGACAUGGACUGGGGAAGAGACAGAUUUCUGAUGCCGAUUCUGAAAACAUCUAGUUAUGGUCAUUACGUACUCCACGUUGGACUGAUCGACACUAAGUAUUUCGAGUCCAGGGAACAACUAGAUUCUCUGUAUUCCAAGGACUGGCAGGACGCUGAGCCAUGCUAUCCAGACGCCACAGUUACAACCAUCGAGCAAGUUUCGCUUCGGGAAGCACUGAAACUAAUGACCGUCGACAUUUGGUGCAACAUGGAUUAUUUUUUGGCCAAUCGGGACGAGAUGGAAAAGGAUUUAGCUCGCAAGUUGCCUAAUCUGGAUUUGGAUGAUAAGGAUUUGUUGAAGCAGUUGGAAGACGAACUAUUUUAUAUACAAUCUGUGAAGAUUUUCGGUCGAGAAGAAGGCGAUGAUGAAAAGUCUACAGUGACCUUCACAGACUUCCGUCAUUUGUUUUUUGAUGGGAACGAAAGGUUUGGGACUGCCAGGCAUGGGAAACACUACGUGGUUUUCUUUCACGUCACUGGCUGA